CAAUAUACGAUAUACGAUAUAGAGAGCGCGAUCUAUCGCUGUGGAUCAGACAUCACGUCGAUUGAUUCUCACCGAUUCGCGAGUGCACGUAAUUGGAGCAAGCGGAUUGCCCGUUAAUUGCUGGCGACAGUAAUUGUCGUCCGCUGCAUACCAGUUGCGCUUUCUGCUUAAGGUGUUCCCUCGUACUGUUAAUGUGUCAAUUGAUUGAUUUGCUUUGUGCUUGACGCGUGCCUAAUUCGAUAUUCGACUGGAAGAGCCUCUAGCCACCGGAAACCCUCCUACGAAAUGAUACCUAAGCUGUCGAAGAAGCGCUGGUGGAAGAUCUGUCUGCCGCAGGGACACCAGGAUCAGUCCAAGAACUAUCGCGAGAUAGUCAUGAUCAGCGAGUGCGCCUCGGUGCUGGCCACAACCAUCUCUAGUGGCAGCACCACCACCACGGCCAGCAGCGGCAGCCCCACCCGCAACCAGAGCUGCGACAGCCUGUCCAAGAGCUCCCUGGCGGAUCCGAGCAAGUUCUUCCCGCGAAAUAUGCCCAGCAUUCGAAGGAGUCGCCGCCGUGGUGUGUCCGCAGAGAGGGAGAGAGUGGCCAGCCGGGAGAGGGCCGCCAGCAGAGAGAUACCAGAUCCUGUUCAGCCCGCAUUGGCCCAGCAGCCGCACAAGAGCACUCAGCAGUCCCGCCUCUGCACAGUCACCAAGCUCUCACCCCGGAAGCCGCCCAAGUCUAACAGCUCCAAGAACCGCGGACCCUGCUCGCCGGUAACCAAGUGCGUGGUAAAGGCGGCCGUGCGGACAAAGACCAAACCGAGGCCAAAGCUCACACUAGCCCCUUAUCAGAUAGCCCUCGAACUGCCCAAUGAGUCGCCAGCCCCGAGCCUGGCCAUGGCAGUGGCCCAGAGCCACUCGAACUCGCAAUCACACUCGAAGCAUGCGAGCCAGAGCCAGAAGCUGCCCAGCAGCGACGAGCAGUUCCACUCCUCGGGAAUCUCCUGCAACGGCGAGACAGACGAUGACGUGGAGGUGGCCAUGCUGACGGGCAGCCUGAGUCCCGCGCAGCUGUCCAAGAUGCAGCAGGGUCUGCCCAACCGAUCCUUGGCCAUGUCUUUGCCGGUUAGUGAUUUGCGCAAUCUGAAUCUGUGUCGAAACCGCAACGCGCUUUGGCUAAACAACAAGGACACGGAUCAGCUAAUCAAAGCGGACAGGAAGGAUACGUUCUGUUAUUUCAAUAAGGCCAAUGCCGACGAUAUCCAGCUAAGCGAUAUUGAAGAACAAUUGGCCAGGUUUGAUGGCAACUCAAAGAGGCCGCCACAGCCACAGUCACAGCCGCCAGCGACAGCCACGGCCACCGCCACAGUCGCAGUCACAGUCAGAGCAGCAGCAGCAGCCAAAAUCUCUCAACCAGGCCAAGUACUCAGCAAAUACAAGCCCACGCCCGCACCGCGCUCAAGCGGCAAGCACCAGGCCAUCAUGCAACAGCAGCCGCAGCCCCAGCCCCUGCCUCACAGCAGCUACUACACGCAGACGGAGAGCAAGCUGCUGCAGAUUGAGGCGGGCGGCACCGGGCUGACAUUUCCCCCCCAUCGGAGCGAGAUGGCCGCCACCAGCUCCCAGCUUCAGCAGGCGUCGAUGAGCAGCAAUGUGGCAUCUACGGCCACGUCUAGCAACCUCGAUGUGCCCUCUGGCGGCAGCUCCGGCAGCGGCAGCGGGGGGCAGACCACGAGCCACUUUGUGUCGCCCCUGCAGCGGCGACACUGCCAGCCGCCGAGUCAUCUGCCACUGAACUCGGUGGCGUCUCCGCUACGCACGGCCAGCUACAAGACGGCAGCGGCCGUGGCCGGUCACGGAUUCCAUCACAGCCACCACCAGCAGCUGGACUUCCAGCGCAACUCGCAGUCGGACGAUGAUAGCGGCUGUGCCCUGGAGGAAUACACAUGGGUGCCGCCAGGUCUGCGACCUGAUCAGGUCCGCUUGUACUUCAGUCAACUGCCAGACGACAAGGUGCCCUACGUCAACAGUCCCGGCGAAAAGUAUCGCGUUAAACAAUUGCUGCACCAGCUGCCGCCGCAAGAUAACGAAGUGCGCUACUGCCACUCGCUUUGCGACGAGGAGCGCAAGGAGCUGCGCAUCUUCUCGGCCCAGAGGAAGCGCGAGGCUCUCGGCCGAGGAGCCGUCCGGCUGCUGUCCGACGAGCGACCCUGCAAGGGGUGCGAGGAGUCCCUGUCGGGCGGUGACAUCGUGGUCUUUGCCCAGCGUCUGGGGGCCCAAUUGUGCUGGCAUCCGGGCUGCUUUGUGUGCAGCGUAUGCAAGGAGCUGCUGGUCGACUUGAUAUACUUCCAGCGCGACGGGAACCUCUACUGUGGCCGACACCACGCCGAGACCAAGAAGCCGCGCUGCUCGGCAUGCGAUGAGAUCAUCUUCUCCGACGAGUGCACAGAGGCGGAGGGUCGCACCUGGCAUAUGAAGCACUUCGCCUGCCAGGAGUGCGAGCACCAGUUGGGCGGCCAGCGGUACAUCAUGCGGGAGGGCAAGCCCUACUGCCUCGGCUGCUUCGACACGAUGUUCGCGGAAUACUGCGACUACUGCGGGGAUGUGAUCGGCGUCGAUCAGGGCCAGAUGAGCCACGACGGACAGCAUUGGCAUGCCACGGACCAGUGCUUCAGCUGCUGCACCUGCCGCUGCUCGUUGCUGGGACGCCCGUUUCUGCCGCGACGGGGUACCAUCUACUGCUCGAUCGCUUGCAGCAAGGGGGAGCCGCCGACGCCUUCGGACACGAGCUCUGGCCCUCAGCUGUGUCCCACCCAUCGAGCCUCCACCUCCAGUCAAAUCGCCCGCUCGCCCCGCCGCAGCGGAGACCGGGACAGGGAGAGGGAGUCCGCGAGAAAGGCCAACCAUGGCCAUGGACCGGUCAAGGGCACGGGCAGUGCCGGCGAUCUGCUGGAGCGACAGGAACGCAAGCGCAUGGAGGCAGCCGGCGUGGCCGAUUUGCCGCUGGGCGGGGGGGUGCCAGGCAUGCCACGCCCCGCCCAUCCGCCACCCAUCGACCUCACCGAGCUGGGUAUCAGCCUGGACAACAUCUGUGCGGGGGACAAGUCAAUCUUCGGCGACAGCCAGCUGACCUCCUCCAUGCCGGACAUGCUGCUGUCGAAGGCGGAGGACUCGCACAGCUACCAGAGCAUCGACAAGAUCAACCUGAACUCGCCAAGCAACUCGGACCUGACGCAGAGCACCCAGGAGCUGGCCAACGAGCUGGAGCUGAACAACGAUCCGGUGCGGGAGCUGCCCCACGAUGGCUACGAGCAGCCCUUGGCCAACAAUCGCAACACGAAGAAGGGCCACGAGCUGCAGGAGAUGCAGGGGGAGGAGGACGGAGAGCAGCUGGACAACCGGCCGCUGAAGGAGGUGCGAUUCCACAGCGUCCAGGACACUAUGUCGCGCUCCAAGAGCUACACGGAUAACGCGAAUGCCCGUCGCCGGCGCCGACGUCGUAACCAGUCUCGCCGCUCCUCGGAGAUGCAGAUCAACCAAACGAAUCUCCGACUGCACAAUGCCCAAACGCAGGCCGCUGGCACCGCCACCGGCACCGGCGCCCACAAUCUUCUAAACAAUCUGGAUAACUGCGAUGUGGCCAGCAUCUGCUCGACCUGCUCGUCUAGCUCUUCCAGCGACAUGGACGACUACGUCUACCGCCUGCCCGCCCGCAAGCACUACGGCGGCGUCCGCGUGGCCUACGUGCCCAACGAAGCCCUCGCCUACGAGCGCAAGAAGAACCUGGCCCAGGACCCAUCGUUGGCUGCGUCCGCAUCAGCCGCUGUCCCCGGAGUGCCGGGAGUCAUGAACGAGAGCAAGAACUGCACAAUAUCAUGACCACCUCCCAUUCUGCCGCCGCCACCCUUCAAUCUGAGCAGCUACUACAUCCUGGACACCAUCCUGGAGGAGCAGCACCUGCUGCCGAAGAAGAAGCCCGGCUGCCUCCGUCGGGUGUGGAACUUCUUUGGCCUGGGCAAGCCACGUCUCCAGCACACCGGCAACGGACGGCUGUACAGCGUUUAGGUGGGAUUGGAUUGGAUUGGACUGUAAAUAACAUAUCAAAAUGUAUUAUACACCGAAACAGACGACAUAUGAGAUCAUCGAAGUGGGGUGAAACCUUGUACAAAGCUAAAACUAUAUCAUAUUUGCAUUUACAUACAUAUACCUACACAUAGGCAUUAUCAUAACUAAUUAGGUAUUUUAGUGUUAGAUUUAAGAAGAUCGAAGCAGCGCAGACCACAAGCAGCGCAAUCAACGAACAAUAAAUUCCAACGAAAUCCCCUUCAACGGCCAACAAAAGAAUCUCCUCCGAGAGAGUGAAAGUCUUUUUUGUGCAAUAAUUUAAAAUGGAAUGGCAAAAGCAGAACUCGAAAAGUAAAACCGAAACCACAAAUCUUCCAAAACCCGAUCAAAACAAAUCGAUAAAAUAACCAAAUUUUACCACGUUUGCAGUUUCUAUUUUUUUACGACUU